AUGGAAAAAAUUAAUAAAGUUAUUAAAGGUACUAAUAAAAGUUACAGUGAUGACAUGUUUGUAGAUGGAUUCGAUUGCUUUGAAUUGUUCCAACAAAGACAUGGUUACACAUAUGACGAUUUAAUUAUGUUACCUGGACACAUUAAUUUUUCAGCCGACGAUGUUCCACUUCAAACCAACCUCACAAAAAAUAUUAAAUUAAAUGCUCCUUUAGUUAGUUCUCCAAUGGAUACUGUCACAGAACAUCUCAUGGCAAUCAAUAUGGCUUUAUUGGGUGGUAUUGGUAUUAUUCAUUACAAUAACAGUAUCGAAGAGCAAGUUAUAGAAGUUAAAAAAGUUAAAAGAUUCAAGAAUGGUUUCAUUACUGAUCCAAUCGUUUUAUCUCCACACCACAAGGUCUCUGAUGUUGAUCAAAUCAAAGCUAAAUAUGGUUUUUCUGGUAUUCCAAUCACUGAUACUGGUAGAAUUGGUGGUAAACUUGUUGGUAUCGUUACUAGUCGUGAUACUGAUUUCAUUAAGGAUCGUUCAACUGUUCUCAGUGAAGUUAUGACAACCGAUCUUGUUAUUGGUCAACAAAACUGUUCACUCGAAGAAGCAAAUACCAUUAUGAGAACCAGUAAGAAAGGAAAGUUACCAAUUGUCAACGAAAAUGGUGAGCUUGUUGCUUUAGCUUCUCGUGAUGAUCUUUUAAAGAACAGAGAUUUCCCAUUGGCAACCAAAGAUCACGAAAAUAAGAAACUUUUAGUCGGUGCUGCACUUGGAACAAGAGAAACCGAUAAGCAACGUUUAUCUGCUCUCGCUGAGGCUGGUGUCGAUUGUGUUAUCCUCGAUUCAUCACAAGGUGAUUCCAUUUAUCAACAUGAAAUGAUUAAAUUCAUUAAAAGAAAUUAUCCAAAGGUCGAUGUUAUCGGUGGUAAUGUAGUAACCACCAGCCAAUGUGAACAUUUAAUUCAAGCUGGUGUCGAUGGUCUCAGAGUUGGUAUGGGUGUAGGUUCUAUUUGCACCACUCAAGAAGUUAUGGCAUGCGGUCGUCCACAAGCUACUGCUGUUUUCAAAUGUGCCCUCUAUUCCAGCCAAUACAAUGUACCAAUUAUUGCUGAUGGUGGUAUUCGUUCCAUUGGUCACAUCAUUAAAGGUCUUUCAUUAGGUGCUUCAUCCGUUAUGAUGGGUAGUAUGUUAGCCGGCACUGAAGAAGCUCCAGGUGAAUACUUUUAUAAAGAUGGUAUGCGUUUAAAGAAAUACCGUGGUAUGGGCUCACUUGAAGCCAUGGUUAAAGGUGGUGACCAAAGAUACUUUAGCGAAGGUGAUAAAAUUAAAGUUGCUCAAGGUGUCAGUGGUAGUGUUGUAGAUAAAGGUUCAGUUAAAAAAUUCGUUCCAUAUCUUGUUCAAGGUAUUAAACAUGGUCUUCAAGAUCUUGGUUGUAAUUCAUUAUCCAAUCUUCGUGAAAGUGUUUAUGGCGGUAAAGUUAGAUUCGAAGUUAGAACUGCUGCCGCUCAAGUCGAAGGUUCUGUACAUAGUUUAUUCUCAUAUGAAAAACAUUUUAUUUAAAUUAAAUUAAAUUUUAAAAAAACCCAAUCAAUAAAAUUGUAAAUAUAUAUAAAUAUAUACAUGGAUAUAUAAAAUAUAUUAAUAUUAAAAU